UGAUUGUAUCAAAGUGAGAUGGUAGAAAGACGGCCCGGCCCAUAGCCUUUGGCGAAAGAAAGCAUGGCGCGUGGUAUUCGUAGGUAGCGGCUUCCAAGUGAAACCCCAGCGGCCAGCGCCCUCCUCACUCUCCUCCUCCUCCUCCUACAAACCAAACCCUACACCAAAUCGAAAUCGAAAUCAUGUACGGUGGAGAUGAAGUAUCUGCGAUAGUGGUAGACUUGGGCUCCCACACUUGUAAAGCUGGUUAUGCUGGUGAAGAUGCUCCUAAAGCUGUCUUUCCUUCUGUUGUUGGAUCAAUUGAUCAAAUGGAAGUUGAUGAGAAUGGUGCUGACCCUAAAUCCAAGGGGAAACGCAAAUUGUACGUAGGCUCUACUGCUAUGGGAUACCGUCGGGAUCAUAUGGAGGUACUGCCAUCUAUUAAGGAUGGAAUUGUUACUGAUUGGGAUAUUGUCGAAAGCAUUUGGGAUCAUGCCUUCAGGGAAUGCCUGCUUGUUGAUCCUAAAGAGCACCCCAUGCUACUUGCAGAACCAUCUUCCAACACUCAACAACAGAGAGAAAAGACAGCGGAGCUUAUGUUUGAAAAAUACCAAGCUCCUGCAUUGUUUCUAGCCAAAAAUGCGGUUCUGACGUCUUUUGCUUCAGGGCGUGCUACCUCGUUGGUCGUUGAUAGCGGUGGAGGAUCAACUAUUGUUGCCCCUGUACAUGAUGGUUAUGUUUUACAGAAGGCGGUGUCAGUGUCUCCAAUUGGAGGAGAGUUUCUUACUGAUUGCUUAAUUAAAAGCUUGGAAAGCAAAGGAGUUAAAAUAAGACCUCGAUACUCUUUUAAACGCAAAGAAAUCCGCCCAGGAGAGUUUCAGACUGUAGACGUUGAUUUCCCCAACACAACUGAAAGUUAUAGGCUCUACUGCCAGAGGGUUAUUGCCAACGAUAUAAAGGAAUGUGUGUGCCGUGCCCCUGAUACUCCCUACGAUGAUACAUCUUAUUCUAACAUCCCGAUGACAUCAUAUGAACUUCCUGAUGGCCAGACCAUAGAGAUAGGUUCUGACAGAUUUAAGACUCCUGAUGUUUUGUUCAAUCCAUCAUUGGUAAAGACUAUACCUGGAAUGGAAGGUUCCAUAGAUAUCGCUGCUGCUGCUCGUGGCUUGCCACAAAUGGUUAUAGAGAGCAUAAACAAGUGUGAUGUUGAUAUUCGGAGAGAACUGUUCAGCAGUAUCUUGCUUGCUGGUGGCACAGCAUCAAUGCAACAAUUGAAAGAACGUCUUGAGAAAGACUUGCUGGAGGAAUCCCCUCAAGCCGCUAGAGUAAAAGUGUUGGCUAGUGGCAACUCUACCGAAAGGAGGUUCAGCGUUUGGAUAGGAGGGAGCAUAUUAGCAUCUCUCGGGUCUUUUCAGCAGAUGUGGUUUUCCAAAUCUGAGUAUGAAGAGCAUGGAUGUUCUUACAUUCAAAGAAAAUGUCCAUGAGUUCCUCUAGUUAAAGCUUGAACUUGGUGUUGUAGUCUAGGGCUAACAACUUGUUUAUGAGAUUUACUUGAAUUAAAUGGUUGAAAUGAUUUAUGUUGUACAACUAUGCUCAACUUCAUUUUUAUGUAUCAACUGCUGCUGCUGGGAAUAUUAGGUUUGGAAUCUUCUCUGGUUACA